GUUUUUCUUUUUUUUUUCCAUAAGGGUCCCAAACUACACCGAGAUUUAGAAUAUUACGUUACAGUCCAGCAGGAAAAUGGCGACUGUCAUUCAUAAUCCUCUAAAAUCUCUUGGUGAUCAGUUCUACAGGGAGGCUAUCGAACACUGUCGCAGCUACAAUGCCCGUCUCUGUGCCGAACGCAGUGUGCGCAUGCCCUUCCUGGACUCGCAAACCGGUGUGGCACAGAACAACUGCUAUAUCUGGAUGGAAAAGCGCCACCGCCAGCCAGGCCAGGCAGCAGGACAGAUGUAUACCUACCCUGCUCGUUGCUGGAGAAAGAAGAGGCGACUCCACCCACCCCUGGAUCCCCAGCUCCGCCUUUGUGAGCUCCGUCUAGAAGCCGAGCUGGCCCCCAAGCGUGAGGUUCCCACAGGGGAGGCCACAGCCCUGGAGGCCCUCCUCAGGGGGGACAACGUGCUGGAGAAAAAAAACAACAUUUGUAAGGAAGAGGAGACAUUACUGGAAAUACAGAGAGUUUUGGAGGCAGAGGAAAAUGGGGAUGGGUUCCAUGAUGAUGAAGACUUUGAACUGGAUACUCCAAAGAGAAAGAACAGAAACAGAGGCAAAACGCCUGUUUCCUCUCAGAACAGAGGAUCCACUCGCAGAAGGACAGAACCUGUUAACACGGACGACCAGGACAAACCUUACGUCUGCGACAAUAGAUACAAACAAAAGCAUAACUCAAAAAAGGCUGAAGAAGUCUGUGGAAAGCGCUACAAGAACCGGCCUGGUCUGAGCUAUCACUACACCCACACUCACCUGGCGGAGGAGGAGGGUGAGGAGGAAAAGGAAACAGAGAUGGCUCCGUCUCCUCCACGUUACUCAGACAACCACAAACCUCAGAAGGGCCCAGAUGGGGUCAUCAUCCCCAAUGACUACUGUGACUUCUGCCUGGGUGACCAAGACUCCAACAGGAAGACAGGACAGGCCGAGGAGCUGGUGUCCUGCUCUGACUGUGGACGCUCCGGUCACCCCACAUGUCUGCAGUUCACUGACAACAUGAUGCAGGCAGUGAGGACGUACCAGUGGCAGUGCAUAGAGUGCAAGUCUUGCAGCAUCUGCGGCACCUCCGAGAACGACGACCAGCUGCUGUUCUGCGACGACUGCGACAGAGGGUACCACAUGUAUUGCCUGAAGCCUCCAAUGACCCAACCUCCAGAAGGGAGCUGGAGCUGUCACUUGUGUUUGGACCUGUUAAAAGACAAGGCCUCAGCCUAUGGAGAAGCAUAACUGCCUGGACAUUCUUCUCAACACACACAUCAUAUAUAUAUAUAUAUAUACAUAUAUAUAUUUGUACCUAUACAUUAACUGUUUGACAUACCCACACAUUAGCAAAAACUUUCUCUCUUAAUAGAUUCAAACACAUGGGCAGGCUCAGGGUAGUUUCCUGUGUGAGGCACAGACAUCCACAAGCUCUCAUACAGCCGAGGAACACUCCAGAUGCAAACGCCAUCAACAUGCAAUCUCGACCGUAAGUCAGCUAACAGCAGGCCUGCCAUUCAGUCACUUCUCUACCUCACCACGCAGCAGACGGCAAGAAGCCAAAGCAAGAUAACGGCCAAUACUGUGUAUGUGAAAUACAUCCUCGUUUUAAACCAAACAUCUGAAAUCCCUGGAUGUUCUCCCCCUGAUUUAAAUGUAUUUUAUUUGGAAGACGUUUGUCCCAGAGUUUUUGCCGAAGCUGUUUCACUCUCUUCCCUUGCUGCUCAAGCUCCACAGUGGGGGGAAGCUGAGUGGGUUUGACUAAUGUUUGUUUAAAUUUCCCUUUCCAGCUCUACUCCUCUCCUGUGUUUAGACUUUACAGUGACAUUUGUAUUUCAUAUCUGGACAGACUCAGUGUUAGUUAUGCCAUCUUUCACAGGUUUUGUCAAGCUUGGUGAAAUUCAUAUCCAGUGCUAAGAGGAAAUGGGGUGAUAAAACAGUCUCCACUAUAAUUCCUGUUGGGACGAGGUGAUAUUUUUAAUCCAUGUCUGUUUUUUGUAUCCUUGAGGUUACUACAAUACCAUGGUGCUCAAUUUACACUCCGCAAAAAUCAUAACAUUUAUGUAACGCUUAUUUAUUUAUUGUUGGUAAUGGUCCAAUGUUACUGGCAAGGAGAUCAUUGUUACUGUAAUUCAGUGGUUCCCAAACUUCUGUCAUGCCCCCUUAAAAUAAUGACUUGACCCCUCUCCCACCCCACUCAAACACAGAAAAUGAUUGCAUUUCAUCAGCCAGUAAACACUAGGGAAACUAAUAAUAAAAGGAGCUGAAAUAUAAUGAAAUAACGUCAAUAUGAACUGAACACAACCUGCAUUUUCUUUUUAUUAUGUUCUGAUGUUAAACUGAAAAAAACACAAAUUAAACAUUGUCCAAACUGCAACAAAAGUUGACUCAUCAUCAAAUUUCUUAAUAUUUCAGAUUUGAUGACAGGUUUUUUUGAGUCUCACCUUUUCUUCUCUGCCAGGUCUUUUCUUGUUGUAGGUGCUUUACAUCUGAAUAGCUUUGCCAGCAUCAGAGCACCACUAGUUCUUUUUUGUUUCCACAUUAAUUAAUCUAAUUCAUAGAUUAUUUUUCAUAGCAGACCAUUUUGACUUCCCAUAGAGAGCAAAAGCACAGUUGAAACAAAUAGCUUUCUCCCAGCAAUUAUUGCAAUGCAAUUCAACAACUUCCUUUUACCCCUCUUAGGUUACUGUUGCCAUGUCUGUCAAGCACAGCACAUGUGCAGUUUACAAUGAUAAUGGUGGCAGAUACCACCCAACAUACAUUUUAAAACAACACUAGGCAUCAUCUUUCUGAGCCUCUAAAUCCUGUCAGCUGAAAUACCCUUUGAUUUUAUGAACUGCAUAAGAUUCAACCUGAAGCUGACUGACUAAUUACAUUUUUUAAUUUAAACAUGCACAUGAAGGCCACAUGAUGAUACAGCUAAAGCAACGUGGCUCUCAAGUGACGCUAAAGUUAACCACUUGAAUAAAUAGCAUUUCAUAGUGGAGCUAGUUUGGUUAGUCCUAAUUUUACAGUGCAGAUGUUACUCUGCUGUACUAUAUUGGCUCCCAUGUAUCCUUUAAUCCCAUGUAAUAACGUAGUCUGCAGACAGCGUUAUCUUAACCCUGGAUUACAUUUGUAGGUGGUAGCCAAGCAUGCUAAUGUUUAUAGUUUAUGGUACUGCAGAUUAUCACACAGUUCAAUUUAGACCAUCUGACUCAUGUGGUUUUAGUUUAAACUCUUUUUGUAUUAAUAUGCCUGAACAAAUGUCCCAUGCACAUCAUAGCAUGUGGAUAAAAUUCAAAGCUGGACAGGUCAGCCAAUGCCUAGUAAAGGUUGCUAAGCCAUGAUUGGACAAUUGUUUUUGAGGGGGAGGGGUUAGUGAAUUGUUAUUAGUUACACCUGUGUUGAACAUUUGAGAAUAAUCUGCUGUGAAAAAGGUUUUUUCUGGUUUCAAUCUACAUUUUAUCCACUGUGUCCCCCCCACUGCUACACCUCUAUGCUCCUCUAGAAGGCCUCACCCCACAGUUUGGGAACCACUGCGUGUAAAUUAACCAGUGCAGUGUGUGUAUCAUUAAACCUUGGUUCAUGACUAUAUAACAGGCAGUGUGGUAAAUCAUAUGUAUGUCUUGAGUCUGUUUUGAACACGUUUUAAUGCAGGUAUAACAAGAAUAUACCCUGUAUUAUGUAUGUAUAUGAUUUCACCAAAAGUUGAAUAUUAAAAAAAAUGUCAAAGCUUCAUCAAUGUAAUUUAUGUUUUUGUUCUGAGCAAGAUUUGGUAGCACUCACCUCCUGCUCUCUAAAAAAAAAACAAGGUUGAUCAUGGAUAGAAACACCAACAAUAAGCUCAAAGCUAAAAAAGAAAAUCCCUAAAAGUACACAUAGUGUGCACACCUUGACAGGAUAUCACAAUCUGCAUUUGUGUGUGUGUGUUUUUGUUGUUGUUUUUUUGUAUUGUGAGUUUGUAUUUGAUAAUGCUUUUCCACAGACAAUCAUGACCUAGCAUAGAUACAGUACAUGAUGUUAAUAAUGUGCAGAGGGAUUUAUUGUGCUUCCCCAUGGCGGGUAUAAUGAUCCUUUGUGUCUUCCUUUUAAAAAUGUCUUGGAUGUCAUUCUUAUUUGAUGCCAUCAUCUACAGUGAUUCAAAAUAUGUGCUGUAUUUUGUUAAAGUAAAUGUUUUGUGUUGAAAUAAAAACUUUUCCAUCAUUUUUUAUUCCCUUGCCUUCCUGUCAGAUUUCCCACUUAUCUUCAGCCCAUUUGUUUAACUUCUUUUUUCUCUUGUAAAAACAAAUUCACAGAAAUAUUUUUUGUCUGUCCCCUUUCACUAAUCCAUUACCGGGAAACUCUAAUCCCAUAUUGAAAAUACACACUGGCUCUGGCCAAGAUGGCUGUGCCUGAUAUGAAUCCAUUAUAAUCUAAUGAUUAUAUAAACCAUCAUUUCCCGAAAGAUAUGUCUGUCUUUCUCUUUGUCUGCCAACAUCUCUGUGUAUGGAUGCACCUCAGGGAUACAGAAUAAACCUUACAAGAGGUUAAAAGUUUCUUUUCUAGAAUUAUGGAGCAUGUGUAAAAUCACUGCCCAGAUAACGUAAUAGGUUCAAAUCCUCAUAGAUUUUUUUCACCACUUUUCAAAGUGUACAUUUUUUUUGGAUCUUAUCAAAGGUAUUAUUCCAAAUAAAUUUCAAUGUCAUGUUAAGCGCUUUGCCCUUUGAUGUCUAAUGGUUGGUACUUACAUCAAAUUACCACUAAGUGGCGAUAUUGGAUUGGAGUAGAGUUUCGGGUGAUACACAGUACAAAAUUAUGUUGAAUCAAUAUCAAAUGAAUCAAUAUGGUGAUAUAUGAGGAUAGGUCGGUUGACCUAGUAUCACAAGAAAACCUUUAUGUAUUAUGUAGAAUGGAGCCUGUCAGAAUAUUAUUAUAUAAAUCAUAUAACUGGAUUAUCACUGAUUCAUAAAUGUGUGAGAAAGCUCUGCAUGUAGUAGUUGAUUAGGGAGGUAUUAAACUACAAUACAAACUGUUAGGUAGUUAAUCUAUAUAAACAAUAAACAAUGUUUUAUGAACUAGUCACUUAUUAUGUAGGCAACUUUAGUAACUGUCAGAUAGUGAAGU